AUGGCCCGGAUCACACCUUCUGUUCCUCCUUUGCACGGAGUCAUCAUCUGCUUUGCGUCUUACUCCCCUCGCUCGCAUCCUGAACUCUCACGCAAGAGUGUUGCGCAACUGAAGAUUGACAUCGCUCACUGCGGCGGGUCUUAUACGACAAAACCCGAGGAGUGUACCCACCUCAUCGCCACUCGCGUGCAAUUUGAUAAGAAGUCCGAUCGUAUCACUCAAGCCCAAAAGACUCCAGACACGCUGCUUGUCUCUUACGGGUGGCUCGCGGCGUCUUUGGCCUCGAGCGAGCCUGUUGACACAGAACAAUACCGUCUCGAGAGCUCGUCGAUAAGCGACGAUGACACGGCGGUGGGUAUUAUUGGUCCGCAGCGUCCUCAGAAGGCGGCCUCCUCAAAACGCUCCCGGAGCGAUGAUGACGAUCAGAGUAACGCAUCAUCACCCAAAAAGCCCAAGUCAUCUGAGGCAGCCGAUCCACCUACCCCAGGCAUAGCCACCAAGGCCAUCAAAGUUCCAGUGGAUCCCUUUGUCCCAUCUGCGCAUGCCUACGCUGUUUAUGUGGACGACAGCGGUGUGGUAUACGAUGCCACGCUCAACAUGUCCGAUGCCAAAAAGAACAACAACAAGUUUUAUAGAGUACAGCUCUUGGGAUGCGAGGAUGGAUUCUACACUUGGACACACUGGGGUCGUGUGGGUGAGAAUGGUCACCACAGGAUGCUAGGUGACGGCUCUCUCGAGAAUGCUCUUUGGCAAUUUGGGGAUAAAUUCAGAGAAAAGACCGGUCUCACGUGGAAAAAUAGGAAUGGAACAUCAACCAAGAAGAACGCGUACGCCUAUCUCGAAAUCAACUAUGCAGACUCGGAGGGCGAAUCUGAAAAGGGGCCCAUGCAAGUGAAGCUGAAAGGUGGGAGUGCCGUGAAAGAAAAGAUCUUUGCAGAGAGCAAACUCAUGCCACCAGUUCAACGCCUGAUGGAACUUAUCUUCAACCAGCAGUUUUUCACCAACACCAUGGCUGACCUUGACUACGAUGUCAAUAAAAUGCCGCUCGGGAAACUGAGCAAAAAGACUCUACUCAAAGGAUAUGAAGUUCUAAAAGAGCUGGCUUUGCUCAUUGCCGACCCUUCUGUUGCCACCGGUAUGGGAGAACAGCCAACUCAAGCUGUCAUGAACAGAAGCAAUCGGUACUUCUCACUUGUGCCACACGUCGUUGGCCGUCGAGCUCUACCAGUCCUCAAGGAUCUGAGUUCCAUUAAGAGAGAAAUUCAGCUCCUAGAGACACUGACAGACAUGCAGCUGGCGAACGAGAUUAUGAAAUCCGCUGCGGUCGCGGAACACAAGACUCUCCACAUGCUGGAUAGACAAUACCAAGGGCUCGGCAUGAAGGAGAUGAUCCCUUUGGUUCAAGACACUCAAGAAUUCGCCGAGAUAGCCCAUUACCUGAUAAAGUCCAGGGGAAGCACACAUGGCACUAACUACACAAUCCAGGAUAUCUUCCGGAUCGAGCGCAAUGGUGAAGCUGACCGACUGGACAAGUCUCCGCACGCCAUUCUCGGGUCAAAAAGUGACCGUCGCCUACUUUGGCAUGGAUCCCGCGUCAGCAACUUCGGUGGCAUCCUCAGCCAAGGUUUGCGGAUUGCACCACCAGAAGCCCCCGUGUCGGGGUACAUGUUUGGCAAAGGUGUCUAUCUUGCUGAUAUGAGCUCAAAGAGUGCUGGAUACUGCGCGCAUUACAAUAGCGGUGGAGUUGGGUUACUCCUUCUGUGUGAGGCAGAACUGGGCAAACCCUCUCUCAAACUCACAGAUGCCGAUUCCAAAGCUGGGAAGCACGUCAAGGAACAUAGCUGCAUUUCCACCUGGGGUGUGGGUCAGACGGGCCCUUCAGUCUGGAAAGAUGCCAGCUGCAUUCAUCCGAGCUUGCGAGGGGUCAAAAUGCCUGAUGUCGUCUACCAUCCGCCUGGUCCAACGAAUGAGCCCAAUGCAUCCCUUCUGUACAACGAGUAUAUCGUUUACGACGUGGCUCAGAUCAGACUGCGAUACCUUUUGCGAGUCAGCAUAUACUGA